AUGACCAAAAUAAAUAAUAUUUCAUUCAACCCCGAUUUCUCUUUGGUAUCUAUUGCCACCAGCACCGCAAACAAGAUAUUCAACUGUGAACCUUUUGGGGAGUUGUAUUCAUCUUCCGAAACCCAGCUUCGAAGGACAUUGUCAAAUUCAAUAGAUAGCUCUGAUACUGCGUCAGACACUAAUGCAGCAGCUGCUGCUGCUGGUUCUAUCAGUGGAAAUUGUCCCACGAAACUAUUGAAGAUGCUAUUCUCUACAAGCUUGACUAUCAUUGUGCCCGAAGCUAACUAUAACCGAUAUUUAAAGGUUUUCAAUCUCAAGCAGAAUCUAAAGAUUGUCGAUUUGGAAUUUGAAUCUAGUAUAGUUGAUGUGAAGUUGAACAGAAAGAGACUAAUAGUUGCUUUGCAAAACGGGGAGCUCCAUAUCUAUGAUUUGAGUUGUAUUAAGCUACUUUCGGUCUUGAGACUAAGUCCUAAUGUUGACACCUUUGUAGGGGAUUUGAGCAUUGAUGAUAAAUCGUGGUUGUGCAUACCUGUGAUUUCAAUAAUAGAUGAGGACCUAUUUGUCAAGCCACGAAGAGAUAGUAAUGUGUCUACUAGUUCAAAAGAUUUGAAUAACACUCAACAACCCCAUCAGCACACCUGUCUUGGCGAGUACAUUGAACUCACUCCAAAAGUAAAGCAAACCAAUAGCGCUCUUACCAAUUCAGAUGUGACACUUCAAGAUAUACAAGAUGACGGUGAAGGCUGGCUUAUGAUUUACGACGCAAUGAAUUUAGCACCUGUUUUAAUCUUCAAAGCACAUGACUCGGCAAUUGGCCAGAUUUCAAUAUCGCACAGGGGUAAUAAAAUUGCAACUGCAUCAGUUAAAGGCACUAUAGUGAGAGUAUUUGAGCUUUCCAUUGCCGAAGGGGGAAAAGUGUCCUUAAAUCUGGUAAAAAAUCUACGUCGUGGACAUAAUGUGGCCAAAAUAAAUUCGCUCUGUUUUAACAAUAAUGAGACAAUCUUGGGCUGUGGAUCGGAAUCAAAUACCAUUCAUUUCUUUAAACUCGUUCAAGAAGAGUCCUCUAACGAAACGGGAAUCAAUAAUGAUACAUACGAAACUGAUCAUGGAAACAGUUUUAGUGAUUAUGACGAUCAAAGCGACGGGGAAAACCAUCGAUCUUCGUCUGAGGAUCUCAAUGAAAGUCUCGCCAACUUGCUUGUUUCAAAGGCGCUAAAUUCUUCAUCUAAUGAGCAAGAGGAACUGGGCAACAAGGCUAGAAAGUCGUGGUUUAGUAAAACUAAAAGCAAAUUUAUCCAUAACCCAUACACAACUUCAUUUUUAAACAAGAUUCCAUACAGAGACUAUCUUGAUAAUCUUAUUUGGGAACCACCAAGACGGUCGUUUGCUUACAUCAAAUUGCCAGAACAUGCUUGGUCGUCCAACAACAAUAGCAAUCAUAAUAAAGUAGCCAUUGGAUUCAAUGGGGGUCUAAUCCUAAUAGGGUCUUAUCAAACGGGGAAAUUUUAUCAUUACCAAUUACCGAAACAAUAUACGGGAAAUUUUUCAGCCGUGAAGGCUAAUGGAGAGGAAAAGGAUAAGCGAGAGGAAUGUCUCCUUGUAAGUCAAUACGAUUUGUUGCAGUCCUCCUAG